GAGGAGGGCGUGGGGAGAGGCGGCGGCGGCGGGGAGCGGGCGGCAACCUGGCCUGUCUGCCCCAGGGGCCGGGCCGGCUGUGUGGGGCGCGGGGCCGGGAGCCCUGCCGGCUCUCAUUAGUCAGCCGCGCGGGGAGGAGCCGGCUGACCUUACGCUGGCCCGGCCUCUGCGGCCAUUAGAGCUCAUCCCUCGGUGGCCGCGCUGCCUCCCAGUCCUCGAGCCUCAGGCCUUUACGCAGCAGAUAAACCGAACUCCAGCCUGAAAUUGAGGGUCCACGGCAGGAAAAAAGAUGCGAGCGUCCAUCACACUGGGCCAUCUACGUUGGCGAUGGAUACGUGGUCCACCUGGCACCCCCAAGUCAGAGACGCCGUCGUGGCGGCUGGCAUCGCCGGCGUGGGCUUGGCCGCCGUGGGCCUCAUCGGAGUCAUGUUCUCCAGAAACAAGCGGCAGAAGCAAUGAGUGGGAAGGGACCGUCCCAGCAGCAGUGGCUUUUGUACACUCAGGGGGUCUUGUCGGGCCGGAGGUGUUGAGGUUUCGGUUUGCGGAUUUCACGCUGUUUGAUGAUAAGGCUUAUUUUCGCAGGAUAAAAUAAAGCCCAGUAAGGGAGGAUUUUGCUGGAGGAAAUACAGCAGGAGCUGCCUGGUGUGAAGUGUGUCGAGCGCACAGCCGGGCCCUGUUCCUUGUGCCCUUGGACCCUCUGGUGGUCUUCCCUGCCUUUGUCUUUGCCGGCUGCGUUCUUCCCCUUGCAGGAAACAGGCCGACUCCUGAGCUCAAGUAAUGGGCAUCUCGGGUUGCAGGGAGACAGGCGAGCAGCUGGGGAGACGGACAGAUGGACGUGACCGAUGCGCGAGGACGGGACCCUUGGCCUGGAACUAGACCCGGGACGGCUUCUUCCGGGGCUCAGCAGCCGAGGUCUGCGGGUGGUCAGUGGAGCCAAAGCCCAAACCAAAGCCCGAACCAAACCUCUGCCCGAAGGAAACUCGGUGUGUGCUCUCACCGAUGCUGUGACAACCCCCCUCGUCUCCCCCUGCUCCCCACACCUUUCCUCUGCCUUGUCGCCCCCAGCCCCCCGCGCCCCCCUUUCCUGGCCACUCGGGCUGGCCGUGUCCCCCCGCCCCCGAGUCUCGGAUCUCGCACCCCUCCUGCGGCCCCCUCUUCCCGUGGCCCGUCCGCUCCACGCCCCCCAUCCACGGUGGCUCCCAGCUUUCACGCCCAGCCUGCCGCUUGGCCAGUCAGCCCUGCCCGCGGGGCCGGGUCACAGGGAAGCCUCAGACCCCGGCUGCGGCUGCCCCCACGGCCGGUCUCCCCUGGGGACGAGGGGAGCCACCUUCUGUGGCUUGAGGUCUGCCACGGCUGCUGGCCGGACUUGGCAGGUGUUCAGAGGGGCCACUUGUCUGCAGGGGGGCUUUCGCGGCCUCCUCAGAAGUACUCUGCUGGGGCCAAGAGGCCUGCCCUCCACAGGGCAAGGCUUCUCCAUCUGGUUGCAGAUCUGUCCUUUUGUCGGCCCUGCUUGCCCGGAGACCUUCGUCUGUCAGACUCCCGGACGGGACUUGCCCGUGGCUCCCUGCCAACUCCCUCCUGCUUGGCCGAGAUCCAGUCCAGGGUCAACUCGUGCCCACCCACACCCCAGCGUAGAGAUGAGAAUAGUUGUCUCCCAGUGCGGUUUCCUUUGUGUCUCAGCUCUGCUGAUGUAACAUCUCGUCCCAGUUCUCAAGCCCCCCAAAGCAGGGGACGUAGGCCAAAUUCGAAGGGCGGGUCCUCCCGAAGGCCCCCCUCUCACACGGCAUAAGGUGAGACGAUGGGGACGCAUGAGGUGGAAACCUUCAGGCUAAUUAUCGAGAACAGAGGGCCGAGGAAGGAUAAACACAAGAAAACAAAACGAAGACACCCGGUUCCAUUAAAAAAUAAAAAUUCCAUCCAAAAAAGUGGGAUGCUGUAGAAAUAACCAAACAAGAUAGAAAAAUUGGUUCCAAAUACAUUGAUCGUCACCAUAUAAACUGGCCACGUAAGAGAGACACCUUCCACUGGGUUGGAGACAGACACUGGGUUAAGACUGAUGUCUUAAAAAAAUGAACGCUAUCGAGGAGAAACACUGAGGGGGUGUGAAAUCUGUCCUCCGUUGAAAGACACGCUCGGCCCAAAGCAGCUAAAUGUGAAAAAACACCAGUGAAAGCAACUUGAGACAAUUGGGGGAAAUUCGAGUAUGGCCCGGGUAUUAACAUUAAGGAAUUAUUAAUUUUAUUAAGUGAAUUGGUUUUAGGCUUGUGUGAACACAUGACCUGAUUUAAAGAAACAGACGUAGGUGCGCCUGGGGGGGGGGGCUCAGUCGGUUGGGCGUCUGGCUCUUGAUUUUGGCUCAGGUCAUGAUCUCACGGUUCAUGAGUUCAAGCCCCGCUUCUGACUCCACACUGACAGUGCGGAGCCUGCUUGGGAUCCUCUGUCUCCCUCUCUCUCUCUCUGACCCUCUCCUGCUCACGUUCUCUCUCUCUCAAGAUAAAUAAAUAAACAUUGAAAAAAUAGAUGCAGAUCAAGCAAAUAUGACAAAACAGUAAAUUUUUUUAAUCGAGGCAGUGGGUAUAUUCAUGGUCAUUGUACUAGUCUUUCUAGUACUUUCUAAUGUUAAGAAUUUACAUCAUAAACCUUUUAAAAAUCUGAAAUUUGAACUUGGACAGUUAAAUAAGACUUUUGAACCUACUUCAAUAAAUAUAAUAAUUUUUUUUAA